UCCGAUAGUAGCUCAACUCAACUCCUUCCGAGUCAUGGAUUCAUGAGUUAGCAGCUUUACUUACCCCUCCCCCUCUCCAUCGCUCCUCUUUCUUCCUUUCCUUUCCUUUCCUUUCCUUUCCUUUCACCUGUAGUUGAAAUGGGGGAGAACAUGUACGGCAUGCGCUCCACUCCCCAAUUCUCGCCCAAGUCCUUCCUUCCACCCCACACUCCUAUCCUUCCCCUCGAUUACCAGACCUUCCUUCCCUCCACCAACUACUUUCCCCGCGAUCGGAUUCCUGUGUUCGGAUCCGAUGAACUGCUUUCCGAACCUGAACCACCUUCCAUCACUCCAGAUUUCCCGCUCGCUCAAGAUGUUCCCAGCGUCAUCAAGGCCCAAAUUCUCUCUCAUCCUACCUAUCCUCGUUUGCUUCACGCUUAUAUUGACUGCCACAAGGUUGGAGCUCCGCCGGAGAUAGCUUGUUUGUUGGAGGAAAUCCGGCGAGAAAAUGACAGUCAUAAACAAAACGCCAUGUCCACGUGCUUCGGAGGCGAUCCCGAGCUCGAUGAGUUCAUGGAAACAUACUGUGACAUGCUGGUGAAGUAUAAAUCAGAUCUGUCAAGGCCCUUUCAUGAAGCUUCCUCCUUCUUGAGUAACAUCGAACUGCAACUUAGCAACCUCUGUGCUGGUGCCUCCACCAGAAGCUCCUCCAACGAGGAUGCCAUGUCAUCAGAUGAUGAGCUUAACUGGGGAGAGAGGGAAGUACAAGAUGCUCAAAUGAGGUUAGAAGACAAAGGUCUUAAAGAUAUGCUCUUGAGUAGAUUUGGCAGCCACAUUGGAACCUUGAAGCUGGAAUUUUCAAAGAAGAAGAAGAAAGGAAAACUACCUAAAGAAGGAAGGAAAGUACUGCUCGAGUGGUGGAAUGUGCACUAUAAAUGGCCAUAUCCUACGGAAGCUGAUAAGAUGGCGCUGGCAGAGACAACAGGAUUAGAUCCGAAGCAAAUUAACAAUUGGUUCAUAAAUCAACGAAAGCGGCACUGGAAACCUUCUGAAAGUAUGCAAUUUGCAAGUAUGGAUGAUGUGGGUGAACAAUUAUACGCUAGGCUCGACUCUUGAGACUGAGGUUAUACAUCAUCCCAAUGGGUAUACAUUACAUGCUUUAAAAUCACUUACUUUUGCUAAGCCCCAAUAGUUUAGCGUAUAUAUAUAUGUCCAAGAACAAACAAUUGUGUUGAGUACAUGGCUGGGAAACUAUCAAAAUGGCUUCCAUACUUUUGCAUCUCUUUUGUAUAUUUCUGAAAUUGUUAACAUUGAUUAUGGAAAUGUUAAUUGAAGUUUGGAUGA